AAAAGAGAAGGAAUCUUUUUUCUAUGUCCUAUAUAAAUGUGAGGAAAAGAAGGAUGAGAAGAAGCAACUUUGGUGCAAUCGAAUAAGCUUAAGAGGGAUAUAUAUUAACAUACAAGGGUCCACCCCCCUUAUGCUAUAAAUAUACAAUAGCUAAAGCCACUCCCCUUGUCAUUUGAAGAACCCUUGGGACCAGCAAUAAUUCUCCAAAUGAGUGCCUUGAUCUCUAUCCCUUCUUGUUUCCUCCUUAGUAUCCUUCUCUUUUCCUCUUACUUGGCUCUUGUUGAGUCAUACAAAUUGGACCCUGAGGUCCAAAAGCAACAAGAUGCUGAUCGCGUGAUCCGACUCCCGGGCCAGCCGAUCGUGAACUUCGAGCAGUACGCGGGGUACGUGACUGUCAACGAGAGCCACGGCCGCGCGCUCUUCUACUGGUUCUUUGAGGUCUCUCAUGAUGUGGAGAAGAAGCCUCUUGUUCUAUGGCUCAAUGGAGGACCUGGUUGUUCUUCUAUUGGGUAUGGAGAAGCAGAGGAGCUUGGGCCUCUUUUGAUGCAAAAAGGGGUGCCCCAACUAAGAUUAAACAAGUACUCGUGGAACAAAGAGGCCAAUUUGAUUUUUUUGGAGUCUCCUGUUGGUGUUGGAUUUUCAUACACAAACACAAGCUCCGAUUUGCUUCAUCUCGGCGACAAAAUUACAGCCGAGGACUCGUACGCAUUCCUUGUAAAUUGGUUUAAGAGGUUUCCACAGUUCAGGUCCCAUGAAUUCUACAUUGCUGGAGAAAGCUAUGGAGGACAUUAUGUUCCAGAACUCUCUGAGAUGAUAUUCGACGAAAACAAAAGUGGCCCUAAGGAGAAUUAUAUCAAUUUCAAGGGUUUCAUGAUAGGUAACGCGUUAAUGGACGACGACACUGAUCAGAACGGAAUGAUCGACUACGCCUGGGAUCAUGCCGUCAUAUCCGAUCGAGUGUACCACGACGUAAAAACGAACUGCAACUUCAGCGAAGUGAAUGUUACAAAUGCCUGCAACAAUGCGCUGAACGAGUACUUCGCCGUUUACAAUAUCAUCGACAUGUAUAGCUUGUACUCCCCCGUCUGCGUCGAGAACACGUCCACCGCCUCUGCAACGAAUAAGCACUUUUGGAUUGAGGGCGCGUCCCCUAAGCUCUUCUCGAAGUUUAAAGAGUGGUUUAAGAAGCCUGCGGGUUACGAUCCCUGCGUGUCGGACUAUACAGAGGUGUACUUCAAUAGGAAAGAUGUUCAAGAAGCACUUCACGCGAAUGUUACGAAUAUUGGAUACAAUUGGACUCACUGCAGCAAUGCGAUCAACCAAUGGAACGAUGCACCGGCGUCUAUGCUACCGAUCAUUCGGAAGCUCAUCGACGGCGGAAUCAGGGUGUGGGUUUACAGCGGCGACACUGAUGGAAGAAUCCCAGUCACGUCAACAAGAUACACGCUCCGCAAACUUGGCCUUCAAACUAUUCUAGAGUGGACGCCGUGGUAUGACUAUGAGCAGGUCGGAGGGUGGACGGUAAUCUUCGAAGGGCUAACAUUUGUUACGAUCCGCGGAGCUGGCCACGAAGUCCCCCAGUUCAAGCCGAGACAAGCUCUGUCGCUUUUCAAACACUUCUUAGCAAAUCAACAAAUGCCUCCUAAGGCAUUUUAACGGUCGAUCGAUCGGCUUCUGCGAUUCGGAACUUUUGCGCGUUUUGUUCGCUGUAUCUGUAGCUUAAUUCGUCUUAAGACUUGCGAUUUUUCAUUCUACCAAUUGAACUAGAGAAAAUGAAGGGUUAUUCUAGAAACAUGUGCAAGUUAAGUGUUUUCUUAAGAAAGUCAGUGUAAGGCUGAUUUGAUUCAUGUAGCGAAAUUAUACAAGCAAUUGUAUUAUAAAGAUUUCGCAAUAAAGAGCUCGAUGCUGAUUUAUAACGCGCUAA